CGCGCUCGCUCACUCACCGCUUGUCGUCAGACCACUUUUGCCCGUGCCUGCGCGUGCCUGUGGCGGAGGGCCGGGUGAGGCGUGCGUUGCGCUGCAAGCCGCUGCGCGUGGCUUCCCGCAUGUUGGCAAGCUGCCGGUGCCUGCGGCGCUCGCCGCUACCGGCUUGUCGACUUGUGGGUGAAUGGGUGAGUGGGUUUGGUCUUUUGUUUUGCUUGUUUUGCUUGCUUGCGUUCUCUGCGCUUUGCUGCUGCUGCUGCAGGACUGGUGUUUUUUCUUUCUUUCUUUCUUUCUUUUUUUCUUUCUUCCACAACACCAACGCCGACCUACUUACACCACCGCGCAUAUAUCUGCCGGUACGCACGAUGCAAUGCACACACUUCUACAAUACACAUCCGCAUCGACAUCCAUUCCCUACUACGCACUGUACACACUCGCGCUGCGCGCACUCGUUCCGAGCCCCUCCCACUCCAUCCAUCUCUCCCUCCCCAAUUCCCAACCCACCAGCUCAACCAGCGUACCGCGUCCCUCCAGCCUCCAGCUCCAACCUCCAGUCUCCAACCUCCAGUCUGCAGCCACCGCCGCCGCCGCCCGCGGCCAAACCUCCCUGCCCUUCUGUCAUACUCAGCCUUCCCUGCCCUCCCCAGCCCAGGUCUUCCCUGCCCGCCCACGCAUUACGCACUUCCCUCCCUCCUCCCGCCACUGCCGAUGCCGAUGCCGAUGCCGAUCACGAUCACCCACCGCGCGUCAUAGCCAUCGCGGUCACGAGUCAAGUCGAGUCAAGCCAAGCCAAGCCAAGUCAAGUCCACUCGUCGUCGUGUCGUCGGCAUCGGCGGCGAAGUCAGAGUCGGAAAUGCUGCUGCCCGCUGCUACCGUAACCGGGCGCUACCGCUGCAUCACUUCCCUCGCCUACUCUAGCGCAAUCCUACCUACCGCACAUUACCGUGUGUGUGUGUGUGUGGCGCCCAAUUGGGCGUGGCGGCGGACCUGCCUCCGCUGGCUGCUGCGGGCGUCACGCGUCGUCCCGCGGCGAGCGUGCGUGUGCUGCAGAGCCGUGCUUGCGUGCCUGUCCACGCUGAGUCAAGGCUUGGUGCUGUGUACCCCUACCUACUGUACGCGAGGCUGUUGCUACGUAGGUUACUACGCGGGUAUAGUAGGUAUGUGGUAGGUGGGUGGGUGCAAUACGCAUCAGUGUGGUGGUGGUGUUGUUUACCUACCUGUUUGUCUACCUAGGUACUGAGGCAGCUACCUACCUAGUAAGCUGCCUAUACAUUGCGAAGACCGCUCGAGCCCUUUGCUACGUAUAGUAUAGCUACUGGUACACCACCACACACAAAUACACACACGCAUGCAUCCCACAUAUAUAUAAUAAUCACUGCCUACCUACCCAUCACCACCCUUAUAAUCAAGCAACCACGCCAA